AUGCAUUACAAGAAGCUUGCAGUCGCUGCCGCAUCAAAGAGGAUAAGAACCGUGCUGCCGACUCGAAUCUCCACCCUCACCACCACCACCACAUCGUCGCUCCUGUCGCUUAGACGUUGUCUUUCAACAAGAGGAUUUACACCAUCUUCGAACUCGUCAGCAGAUCCCUCGACGUUUGCAAAAUUAAGGCCACGUCGUGUGCCCAACUCUGCCUCGAAUCCUCCCUCGAAUCCUAGAGCCUCUCCGUCCCGAGAUCCUCGCCCGUAUCCUCGCCCAGCGAAGCCCACUCCUUCUCUCGUCGUCGACCCUCCGAAAAAAUCUGGAUCUUCCAAGUACAAAAUCCCAGACUCGGUCUCCAAGACAGUAUCUAAAGAACUCUAUCGCUACAAAUACCUCUACUACGAAUACAGUCUCUACGCCCCCAACCGAGCCUUUCGAACCUGGAAGGAUCGCGGUAUUCUGAGGCACACCAAGGUCCCCGAGGACUUGUUUCCCGACCGCAUUGCUAUCAAGCUCGCUCCUUACCAGAUCGGCGGUGCCCGUUUCAUCCUCACUCCUCCUCCACAAGACAAAGAAGCUCCCCCAGGGCCUGCAAAACCCGAGCACGGAGCAAUGCGCAGCCACGUCCAGAUUGUCGCCGCCCCGACGGCCGACACCCCGGGCGCAUGCCUCCUCGUCCACUACGACAACCGCCGUUACCUUUUCGGCCAUCUCUCCGAAGGCACUCAGCGCCUCUUUACCGAACACAAGAUCCCCGCCGCGAAGCUGUCGCACAUCUUCCUCUCGGGCAAGACGGACUGGGCAACGACGGGCGGCCUGCUGGGCAUGAUUCUGACCGUCGCCGAUGUUAUCAUAAGCGCAAAGACUGCAGUUGAGGAGGAGAACAAGCUUCGCCGUCAGAAGAAGAAGCCAGAAAUCAUCCAUGGCGGUCCUCAACGUAUUGAGAUCCACGGCUCCAAGAACCUUGAGCACAUGCUGGCUGCUGCCAGACGCUUCGUCUUCCGCAAGGGCUUCCCACUCGACGCUCAUGAGCUCCGCGCCGAUCCUAGAGCCGCAAACCCCGAGAACAGCAAGCCCGACUACGAGGAUGAGAACCUCAAGGUGUGGAAGAUCCCCCUGAUUGCCACAGGCAUGGAGAGCCGGUCGCGUAGCAGCAGUACCGGAUCACAGAACCCGCGGAAGCGGAAGCUGAACUCCUCGGAGGAACCCGAGGCCAUGGAGACUGUGGUAGAGGGAGAAGGGGAAGAGGCUGUGGAUGGGGUGGAUGAUGUGCCGGCGGGGGUGGAAAACGACGAGGAAAAGACGCACUUGCUUAUGCAGACCAUCAUCAAGCACAUGUUUGACUCGGACUGGAAGCCGGAUGCUCUCGUAGAGCAGUCCCUACACAAGGUCAAGCUUCCCGCCAAGAUCUUUGUCCGCGACGAUGAAGGCAAGAUCACAGUCUACAAGGGCCCAUUGCCGGGAAGGGACGCCGACGUUCCCGAUAUUAAGGUGCUUGUGAGGGAGCCCUGGCCUGGUGCGCUCAUCCACCGCUUGCCGCCUACGGACCCUUCCUUUGAUUCUACAUGCUACGUCGUCAAGAACCAUGCUCGUCGAGGCAAGUUCCAGCCCGCCAACGCGCUCAAGUAUGGCCUACCCAAGUGGACUUUCAGCAAGCUCGCAAAGGGCGAGAGCGUGACGGCAGAGGAUGGAACUGUUGUUACCCCAGAUAUGGUUUUGGACCCUCCUAUUCCUGGCCAUGGUUUUGCGCUCAUUGAUAUCCGCUACGAGUAUCUCCUCGACAGCCUCCUCAGGAGGCCCGAGUGGGAGAACAAGGAGAUCAUGGAGAAUAUCGAUGCCUUCUACUGGAUUCUUAGUCCAGAUGUCAAGGACGACUCCCGCUUGAAGGACUUCAUGGGGAAGCACAACUCCUUCAAGCACAUUGUGCUCGGCGAGGGAAUGAGCCCCAACGUUAUCUCGUUCGCGGGCGCAUCUGGGAAGGCUAUCAUGAUGCAUCGGAUGGACCCCGAUCGCUUCUCCAUCCCCAACCAUAACAACAAAGAAGGGGACUUACCAGCGGGUUUAGCAUCUGUUGCGGAGCUGGGAAAGCCCGGCCAAAGACUACUCCUUUCUCCUUCUGUCGAGUUCCAGCCGAAGUUCGCCAUCGAUAUCAUGGACACCAUCAAACCUAUCAAGGAGCUUACUUCCACCCACGCCAAGGCCUUCAACCUCGCCCUCGAAGCGCAAGAAAAGAUUGCCCACCCUGCGUUUGCCGCCCGCGUCGCCGAGUCCGAGCAAGACAUCCCCAACCGGGACACCGAGAUCGUCACCCUCGGCACCGGCUCCGCCCUUCCGUCCAAGUAUCGCAAUGUCUCGGCCACGCUCAUCCGCGUCCCCGGCUACGGCAGCUACCUGUUUGACUGCGGCGAGAACACUCUCGGCCAGCUCCGUCGCGUGUACGGCUACGCCGAAACCGACGUAAUCCUCCGUGACCUGCGUGCCAUCUACAUCUCGCACUUGCACGCUGACCACCACCUCGGCGUCCCCUCCGUUCUUGCCCAGCGCGCUGCCGUCAGCGCCGCUCACAAGGAAGAAGCCAAACCCCUCACCAUCAUCUCCACACCCAAGUACAUCGGCUUCCUGCACGAAUACAAGGACGUCGAACCUCUUGACUGGACCAACAUCAAAUUCCUCACCCUUAUCGGCACAGGCCGUAAACCCGCCGACGACCCCAACGGUCCUCCCUCCGCCGACCUCGGCCCGGCUAACAACCACUUCAACAUGCUCCCAGGAACCGUCUGCACCCUGCAACCCGCUGCCCUCCGCAACGCGGACGUCUUGGAAUCCCAGACCGGCUUGGCUUCCAUCGACGCCUGCUUCGUCGACCACUGUCUCGGCGCCACCGCCGCCGUGUUCACCUGGCCCUCGGGUCUCAAGAUUUCUUUCUCGGGCGACUGCCGCCCCUCGGACGCGUUCGCGCACAUCGGCAAGGGUUCCCACCUGCUCAUCCACGAGUGCACGUUCGACGAUGAGCUCAUCGGUGAGGCCAGAGCCAAGAAACACUCGACCGCGAGCGAGGCGCUAGACGUAGGCAAGAAGAUGGGCGCCAGGAGGGUGCUGUUGACGCAUUUCAGUCAGCGGUAUCCGAAGAUGCAGGCGCCUGUUUUGGAUGAGUUGGAGGGCAGUGAAGAGAAGAAGGGUUUGGGUGGUGACAGGACGGUGGUGUUGUAUGCGUUUGAUUAUAUGAAGAUCAAGCUGGGUGAAUUCAAGAUGGCGGAGCGGUUCUUGCCGGCGCUGAGGGAGUUGUAUGGGGAGUUGGAGAAUGAGGAGGAGGAUGUGGAGGUUAAGGAGUAG